UUAGUACUACAUCCCACACAACACAACUCAGACUUGCACCUUCGAACUCUCAGGAACAACAACCGACCAUGACCGAGCCCAACCCAGAGGGUAACAAGGACCCUCCGGAUCCAACUAAGGMUCCCCCAUCCCUUAAGGGAUACUCCAAGCCUUUCAAGGAGCUCCCAGCUCCUUUCCAGAAGACUUCAGCUCCUUUCAAGAAGCCCAGUACUCCUAUUUUCGCCGACUCCGGAUCCAAGAUCACUUCGAUGGAAGUGGUCCCCCCCGAUCUCGCCGUUCCCACCGAUCCCGCCAUCCCCACCGAUCACGUAGUCCCCACUGAUCCCGAUCCCCGGAGUCCUGGUAGUACAAAGGACCAGAAUCCAACCCAGGACACUGAUCUAUCCCCACAAGGAUCCAAAAAGCCUUUCAAAAAGCAUGGUUCGAAGGUCAUCAGGCUGGAAAUAGCCCCGGUCCUUCCACUUUACAAGGCCACGGACACGGCCACGGACUCAACCAAGGUUACACCGGCCACCGCAGACCCACUAAAAGGACAGGAUACUAAAUCGGCUUGGGACCUCCUAGACAGCCCUGMCUCCUCAUCGGUCGAAGUGGUGGAAGACCGAGCUAUGAUUCCAAAGAAGUCCCCCAGAACAGUCCUCAAAACCUGUGCCUCUCGACUCCAGCGUAGGCUCUCUAGAGGCCCCGGGUUCCCCAAACCUACAUCAAUCACUAUUACAUGUCCCUCCACUCAUGCACAUUCAUAUAAAGCCUACUAUACAACUUCACGGACCACCAUCAACAAAGAAAAAGCAAAUAAAAAUAAAAAUAAUCACACGACAACACCGACACCUUCAGCUGGAUCGAUGUCCCCGGACAACGAUGCAUCGAUGUCUCCUACAGAGGAUCAAUCGAUGUCUCCGGAGCCAUCAUCUCUGGAGGAAUUGCCUCCGGAUGAGUCUCCGGCUGAKGAGUAUCCAGAUGAGGCUCCGGAUGAGGAGUCUCCGGAUGAGGCUCCGGAUGAGGAGUCUUCGGAUGCAUCGAUGUCUGAGGAAUCAUCUCCGGAUGCAAAGUCUCCGGAUGAAUCUUCAGUUCCUCCAUUUGGCAAUUUUCAAGCAGCUUUCAUGUAUAACUUGCAGAACUCCCCCAUAAAGUGUAUAGCAUGGGGGUCCUCAUCCUCAUCUUCCGGCGAAACCAGCAGCAUCCUUCACCAAAGGAAAAAGAAAAAGACAACAAAGCUUACCGAGGAGGAACCAGAUCAGUCUCAAAAGAGCAUGUCUCCCGCACCUAUGUUAACUGAUCAAGUCGGUACCCUAAUCGAUCCAGCACCGAAAGCAGACUCCUUAAAUGAUCCAGCACCACAAGUGGGCGCUCUAAGUGAUCCUUUAGUCAGUGAUAAAUCCGAGGUGAAAGCAUUAAGUGAAGCUAUAGUCCCUUUUGAUAAAUCCAAAGUAUCAACAGGCCCAAAACAACCUCCCCCUAAGUGUGUCUUACAAGCGCCCGAUUCAGAGAACCCACCAGCGAAUGACCCCCUUAAGUCUCUGGAUGAGUCUUCGGAUGACUCUUCAAUUGCUGGAACCCCUCCCCCAUGGGCGUUCGCAAAUUCAUCAGUCCCUAUUGAUACUUCUGGUGAAAUAUCAUUGGGCCCAAAGAAACAGUCUCUUAAGUGUACUUUACAAUCGCCGGCUCCAAAGAACCCAGUAGAACUAUGUACUUUACAAGCGCCCGAUUCAGAGAACCMACCUUCGAAGUGUACUUUACAAGMGCCCGAUUUAGAGAACCCACCUUCGAAUAAGUGUACUUUACAAGCGCCCAAUUCAGAGAACCCACCUUCGAAUGAGCCCCCUGUUGAAAUCCCAGGCGAGAACCCUAUGGAACUAUCCCUCCCAGACCCAGCGAAACAUCCCUGUUCAUUACUUAAUGAUCAGGAAGACCCUGCUAUGAUUGCCCCUGGAUCAUAUGCCAAAAGAGCAUCGGCUUCGGGCCCGCAGCCCCCCCCCCCAGGGGCAUAUCCCUGGCCCAAAAGGCUGUUUUUCUGUUUCUAAGCAGGCCCAAGGGUUAAAUACCAAGGAUCUGUCUUUAAAUACCCCGUCUUUAACCCCACAGACCCAAUUAAAUACCGAUUCACAUG